UGCGGAGAAUCCUUCAGAACACACGGAAGUCCCCAACGUCAUCAAAGAAUCCACUCGGGAGAGAAACCUUAUAGAUGUUUGGAGUGUGGAAAAAGCUUUACUCAGUGUGGAUCCCUCCAUCAACAUCAAAGAAUUCACAUUGGAGAAAAACUACAUAAAUGUCUGGAGUGUGGAAAGUGUUUCAGUCAAAGGGGAAGCCUUUAUAUACAUCAAAGAAUCCACUCGGGAGAGAAACCCCAUGAAUGCCCAGAGUGCGGAAAGUGUUUCAUUAGAAAUGGACAACUUAAAUGCCAUCAAAGAAUCCAUACAGGAGAGAGGCCUUAUAACUGCCUGGAGUGUGGAAAAAGCUUUACUCAGUGUGGAUCCCUCCGUCUACAUCAAAGAAUUCACACUGGAGGAAAACCACAUAAAUGUCUGGAGUGUGGAAAGAGCUUCAGUGUGAAGGGAAACCUUUAUCAACAUCAAAGAAUCCAUACAGGAGAGAAACCUUAUAACUGCCUGGAGUGUGGAAAGAGCUUCAGUCAUAUGGGAAACCUUUAUAUACAUCAAAGAACCCAUUCGGGAGAGAGACCUUAUAAAUGCCUGGAGUGUGGAAAGAGCUUCAGUCAUAUGGGAAGCCUUUAUAUACAUCAAAGAACCCAUUCAGGAGAGAGACCUUAUAAAUGCCUGGAGUGUGGAAAGAGCUUCGGUGAGAGGGGAAAACUUUAUACUCAUCAAAGAAUCCAUUCAGGAGAAAAACCUUAUAAAUGCCUGGAAUGUGGAAAGAGUUUUAGUCAGAGUGCACAUGUUUAUAGACAUCAACGGAUGCAUUCAGGAGAGAAACCUUAUAAAUGCCUGGAGUGUGAAAAGAGCUUCAGUCUGAAGGGAAACCUUUAUGCACAUCAAAGAAUCCAUUCAGGAGAGAAACCGUAUAAAUGCCUGGAGUGUGAAAAGAGUUUCAAUCACAGGGGAAAUCUUUAUACACAUCAAAAAAUCCAUUCAGGAGAGAAACCCUAUAAAUGCCUGGAGUGUGGAAAGAGUUUUAGUCUGAGGGGACAACUUAAUAGACAUCAAAAAAUCCAUUCAGGAGAGAAACCUUAUAACUGCCUGGAGUGUGGAAAGAGCUUCAGUCUGAAUGGAAACCUUUAUGCACAUCAAAGAAUCCAUUCAGGAGAGAAACCAUAUAAAUGCCUGGAGUGCGGGAAGAGUUUCAGUCAAAGGGAAAACGUUCAUACACAUCAAAGAAUCCAUUCAGGAGAGAAACCAUAUAAAUGCCUGGAGUGCGGAAAGUGUUUCAGUCAAAGGGGAAGCCUUUAUAGACAUCGAAGAAUCCAUUCAGGAGAGAAACCGUAUAAAUGCCUGGAGUGCGGAAAGUGUUUC